AUGUUCAGAUCCGUUGUUUCCAGAGCCUUGAGAGCUCCAGUAUUGCCAAGAACCGCUUUUGUGGCUCGUCCCCAGGCUAUCCGUUUCUACGCUGGCUUCCCAGCCUUGACCAAGGACCUUGCUAAGGAAAGAGUGUUGGAAUUGUUGGAAGGCUACGAGAAGGUUUCCGGAAAGGAGAUCACUGAAUCUUCGUCGUUUGUUCAGGACUUGGGCUUGGACUCUUUGGACGUUGUGGAGGUCAUCAUGGAGGUUGAACACGAGUUCAACAUUCAAAUCCCAGACCAUGAAGCUGACACCUUGAAGACUGUUGGUCAGACCGUUGAUUACAUUGUCUCUCAGCCUGAUGCUUGUUAA